CCCCGCCUCUAAACCGGGCGCGGCCGCCGCGGCUGGCGGAUGGGCAGAGCUCGGUGGGUGCGUGCUCCGUUGGAGGUUGGGUGCUCGCUGCCUCCUGUCCGCAGGAGACCGCCGCGGACAAGCUGUUCAUGAUGUCAAUCAAAAAGGAAGGCGCCCACAAGAAAUGGGCUGCCUUGAAGGAGAAACUCGGGCCCCAGGAUACCGACCAGUCAGAGGCCAACCUGGAAAAUGCAGAGCCAGAGCUGUGCAUCCGCCUCCUGCAAAUGCCAUCGGUGGUGAACUACUCGGGGCUGAAGAAGCGCCUGGAGAACAGUGACGAUGCUUGGAUGGUUCAGUUCCUGGAGCUGUGCGGUUUGGACCUCCUCCUGGAGGCUCUGGACAGGCUGUCUGGCAGAGGGGUGGCCAGGAUUUCCGACGCCUUGCUACAGCUUACCUGCAUUAACUGUGUGAGAGCAGUCAUGAACUCCCACAGAGGCAUUGAAUACAUUGUGAACAAUGAGGGCUAUGUCAGAAAACUCUUCCAAGCACUUGACACAACUAAUGUCAUGGUGAAAAAGCAAGUAUUUGAACUCCUGGCUGCGCUGUGCAUUUACUCAUCAGAUGGCCAUGGUUUGGCUAUGGAUGCCCUGGACCAUUACAAGAAUGUGAAGAACCAGCAGUAUCGAUUCAGUGUCAUAAUGAAUGAGCUGUCGAACACAGAUAAUGUGCCAUACAUGGUGACACUGCUGAGUGCUAUCAAUGCCAUCAUACUGGGGAAAGAAGACCUAAGAACAAGAACACAAAUCCGAAAUGAGUUCAUAGGGCUUCAGUUGUUGGAUAUUUUAGACAAGCUAAGGUAA